UGAUAAUAUGGCGUUGGAAACGGCCUUUGGCUUUUGGUUCUGUCCAUGGCCACAGCCCCUCUUAUUGAGAAGUAUAAAUACGGGAUCUCGUCACUGUAUUAUGCCCCAUCAACCCCCUACCUUCAACGUCUCUUAGUCUCGCAAACAUGUCUUCUGGCGAGCCGAAUCUCAUCCUUUAGUAUAGACCUGUACCUCUUCACGGUUCUUUGAAACAUGACCAGUACACAGCUUCGGGUAGUUUUAAAGGAUUGGGUAGGGUGAAAACAUGGAAGUUGUCUGACCUAGAUCCUAUCAUGAUGUGGGACUCUGGUGCCCCGGGCUACCAUAAUAACUGUCAUUUCCUGGAUUCGCAUUGGGACUCACCUGCUACAGAAGAGGCUCUAACCGAAAUCGCCAUUAUCUGCGAAAAACUUCCAUGGACUAUCGCAGUAUCCGGCCAAAAGAAAGGCCAAUCUGGUCGACACCCUGUCACGGUUAGAGAUGUUCUACUCCAACUACAGGAAAACCUUCAGCAAGUUGUCAAUAUUCACGAACACGAGGCCCUUCAGGAAAUCCGCAGUGGCUAUUAUGACUCGGUUUAUAGACGAAUUGACGUUCUAAUUGGGGAGAACAUGUUCUGCGGCUUGGAACAGACUGGUAUGGGAAGAUUUUCCCAAUCGGCAUACGGGAUCGUACCAGUCUAUGCUCUCAUCACUUGCUGUCCCUGAGCCCCCUUGUAUAAUUCAGUUCGUGCUUCGCCCGGUAUACCAUGUGUUGAACCUACGAUAUGUCAUUGAUACCCUUUGCGAAAUGGAAACCCCUG